GCUGUUCCUCCCCUGACAUGUUGAUAUUUGGUAUAGUCCAGUGACCCCUUCUGCUAAUGCUGUUGUGCUAAUAGCACAGAGGAAUCCAUUGGAAGGCAUCAUGGUGAACUUUGCUGCAGCGAUUCGUGAACACUGGGUGAAUAUUUUGGUCCCUCUGGGUUUCGUUAUUGGUGUUUAUCUGGACAGAAGGAAUGACCAGAAACUCACAGCAUUCAGAAACAAGAGCGCUUUAUACAGCAGGGAACUGAAACCCGGUGAGCAGUACACGUGGAAGUGAGAUGUACCUGCAGUGAUAUUUAUUGGACCCUUUGGUUGUCUGAAUGUGUAUACUGUCUGUCCAUAUACUGUGUCUGUUUCAAAACAUGUGGGCACAAUAAAUUUUGCAUUUAGUUCUCUUA